UAAAAAGGGCAAAGUGAAGAAAGUAGAAACACCAUCGUUAUCUUUCUUCAUAUUCUUCUGAAGUGAACAAUUUGGAGCUCCCAAUUCUGGAGAAAUCAAAAGGAAAUUGAUGGCCGUAGAGGAACAUGUUGUAUUGUCAGCUUGGUUGCAAUAAGACGAGUUCACAUUGAUUGAAAACAGGAGAUGGAUAGAAGGCAAUACUGUGUGGAUGCCUUGCAAGAGGAGGACGCAAAGAAGGAACUAGGUGUCCUCUGGCGUAGAGUUAAAACUGCUGCAUCAUUAUUCACAUACUUGAAAUCAAAAGCCAGAAUCAUGGCUGUUCCCCGAAUGGCUCAUAUUGUUUGUGGUAUCAAACAAUUAGAUGGCGUGGGCCUUGUUGAUGAAAAUGGUGUACCAUUGUCUGUCUCGUCGAGAAAUGUAGAGUUGUCUUCCUUUGACAGUCUUGAUGUGGAAACAUGGACUGCACUUGGCAGUCAUCAUGGUUCACUUGAUGAAGAUGAUGUAGUUUAUAUAAACGAAUCAUUCAAAAGUGUACAUAUAGUUGGAGAUGUGAUGGAAAGCCUUGUCAAGAGGGUUAUAGUGGCGGAAUCUGAAACUGCUAUUGAGAAGGAGAAGGUGACUGUAGGGCAGGAUGAAAUUAAAAGAAAGAACCUCCAAAUUGAAAAUAUGUCUUUAAAAUUAGAGGAGAUGGCGCAGUUGGCACUGGGCACUAAUUGUAUUCUAAAUGAAAUGCGACAGAGGGUUGAAGAUUUGGUUGAAGAAACAUCUAGACAAAGAGAAAGAGCUGCAGAAAAUGAACAGGAGCUCUGCCGUGUUAAGCAAGACUUCCAAUCUCUAAAAACCUAUGUCAGUAGUCUGAUUAAUAUAAGGGAAACACUUAUUUCAUCAGAAAAGCAAUUUCAGACAAUUGAGAGGCUCUUUGAAAGACUUGUCGUUAAGACGUCGCAGUUGGAAAGUGAAAAGACACAGAAGGAAGUUGAGGUCCAAAAACUUAUGGAGGAGAAUGUGAGGCUUACUGCUCUUCUUGACAAGAAAGAGGCUCAACUCGUGGCCAUGAAUGAACAGUGCAAGGUUUUGGCACUGAAUGCUCCCACCAUCUAGUUUGGCAAAAUUGCCUUAUCCUCAUUCCUCGGCAACUCAACUCACUUGGUGAACCUUCCAGCAGACCAAAAGGGAGUACAUCAGAUGAAUUCAAUCAAGGUAUAUGUGUUAAAACGUAUCAUGAGAGUAAUGUUGUACUUUAAAGUGGCUUGUAUGACCUCAUUGAGACAAAGUUAAAUUGAUUGAAAACAAACUUUCGUAUGUAAUAGGUAUCUUGUUUGCAUUUUAUGUGAAACAACAGUGAAUGUACCAUAUGAUCUCAUUAAAUUGCAUCACUAUGAGAGGUUGUGGCAUGCUAAUAUUGCAUGUCCUGCACCUAACAAA